AUGUUGGCUGGUGAAGUCAAAAAAGAAGAACCUCAAUUUAUAUUUCAUACGUAUGCCUUAUGCAAGUAUACAGAUAUGCCAGAAGAAAUGAAACAAGAAGUUAUGGAAACGUGUUCUACUGCUGCUGAAAAACAUGCUGAGGAUUAUGAACAAACGGCACGCAUGAUCAAGGAAAGUUUGGACAGAAAAUUUGGCGCGCCUUUUCAAGUUGUUGUUGGUGAAUCUUACGCUUGUGCUAUAACCCAUCAAGAAAAUACUUUAUUAUAUAUGUUCACGGGUGGAAAUAUUGCUAUUCUUGUUUGGAGAACGGUUAGCCAAUACAAAUAAUAUGAUUUUCAUAUUAAUUUUAUAUAUUUUCAAUUGUGUGUUUUUAUUACUUUUAUUUACUUAUAAAUAUACUUAUGUUAUAUUGUGUAGAAACAUUAAUGGUAUUUCUUAAUAACUAUAUACACAGAGCACACAUGUCUUUUCAUUACAUAUAUAUAUACGUAAAUAUAAAUUGUAAGUAUUAUUCAAUAGUGUUAUACUUUCAUGGUAUUUUGAUUUUCGUAUAUUUGUUUUAUAUGAGCAGCACGAUGUUCUUCAAAAUAUUGUACAGACUAGAUUAAUUAAUUAUAUUGCAUUUCAGCUAAUGCAUUAUUAACAUUAAUAAAAUGCACAAAUCAUAAAUGAAGAUUUUGCAGAUUUCAUAAAAAGUGACUUCUUCUUUUGUCUCUUUGGACAAAUCAAAUUAUGCAGAUUUCCAAAUGCAUAUUGCUAAGUUACCAG